AUAACAAAUGCCCUGUACUCAUUGGCUGUUAUUUCCUCAUUCAAACCACAUGAGAAGCUUUUUUCUGAGACCCAAAUAAAAAAGAAGUCCCACACACAGAAUUCACACAUUCAAAACCAAAGAGACAAACUUUCUUCUCUUGUAAAACUACUCCGUCACACUCACUCUCUCUGGAUUAGCAAACCGUGUAUGGUAUUGGUCGAAGGGGACACUAGGAAGACAAAGCCAUCAUCACCUGCAACAAAUGCUGGAAAGCUCUGAUGAAGAGUAUAUGAUAAGUCCAAAAGUAUCUAAGUGUGCAAACUGGAGUUCUAUCCCAUCCCGGAGAAGUGCACGUAUACAAUCAAUAAAUCGUAAACAAGAAAAAUCAAACAAUAUAUGGAAGGACAGUGAGGCAGAUUCAGACAACCAGGCAGAAAUGAAGGGGCUGAAGAUCAAAUUGCCAAUGUGUAAAGGAAGUGAAACCAGUUUGACCCCAAAGGUGUUGGGUAAGCGGAAGAGAAGAAAUAUGCAUGGCAACAAUUCCCUAACAUUCCUUGGGGAGAGAGCUGUUUCACCAAGGGGUUCAAAUGCUGCCACAUUGAAUCAAGAAACUGUUUCUCCUGACAAUGAAAUUCGAGGAAAUAAAGAAGCAGAAGGUGCAAUAGACGAUGAACAAGCAGGUGUCACCAGAAAAGAUAUUGAAGUGCAAACUUCUAGGAACACUGCUACAGAAGCUUGUGAGAAUUCUCCUGCCAUGUUUACAUCAAUGGCUUCUGAGCAAAAUGUCCAUGGUGCAGAAAUUGUAUCCCCCGAUAAUGAUCCUCAAGGAUAUAAUGAUGGACAGGGUGAUUAUGUUAGCUGCAAUGGCAUUAAUGCAUCACUUUUUGAAAAUUCAAGUACCUCUUUUGAAUCCUCGAGCUCAGAUGACAUCUGUGUAGAUGUUGCAGGAGAAAAAAGUAUAAUAUUGGCAAAUCAAGAGCUUAAAGGUACCCCGGAAAAAACGUUUGAGACACACAUUCCUGAGGGAACUGCUGAUGGUGCCGGUGCUGGUGCCAAUGCUGCUGCCAUUUUAACCAUCAUGCCUUCAGAACAAGAUGUCCGAGAUGCAGCUGUUGUUUCCCUGGGCACUGCUCUUGAAGGAGAUAAUGAAGGAAUGGGUACAUACAGCCCAGAUCAUGUGAGCUGUAAGAGUUUGGCUCCAUCACUUUUUCACAUGACAAGCACCUUCUAUGACAUUAGCUCUGAUGCAACAAGCUUGGCAAAUAACACACUUGAACAAGUGGGUUCGUAUUGUGUGAGUGCUGAGUGUGCUCCGACUCUUCUUGCCAUAAUUGAGAAGUAUGGUGAUAUUGCUAGAAAUUGUAGGCUCGAGUCUCCUAAGAUGAUUAAUUACUUACUGGAGAGAGUUUGCACAGCUGUUCACGAUCUGCAGGAAAUACCAUUUAUUAAUCUCAAGAAGCAUCAUCUAGCUUCUGUUAAUGAUGUUAUAGUUUUGGCUGAUGCCGCAAAGCUGGAUGUAGAAUGGCUUCGUGACCAUCAUGAUGAAAUUAGGGAGAUUAUUGUGGAUAACAUUCCUUACUACAAAAAUCUGAAAACUGAUUUAGCAAAUUCCACUGAAUUGCUCAAAUCAAAGAAGUCAUCUCUUGAUAAUAAGAAUCUUGAAAGGUUGAAGUUGCAAGCUGAAUUAAAAAUGCUGGAGUGUGAGAUUGAAAAUGAGGAGUGUCAGUUGCAACGCGUUACAAAAACAGUGGAGGAACUAAAGAAGGAGAAACGUGAAGUUCAAUCCAAAUUGCAACAAUACCAUUGCAGGUCUGCUGGACACGGGUUGCUGAAGAAGUAGCUAGGAACUUCGAUUUCUAAUUCAAGUUGGAGCUCUAAGGUUGAUCAUGGAAAACUUAAGUUUAUUUUUAUUUUUUAAAGAAAAGAUGAAGUUGAUACCUGAAAGAAUGCUCAU